AUGGCCGCGCGGCGCGCUAUAAAACCCCACCAUCCAAGCCCAGUGAAGCAAGCCACACUUGCAUCGUUCACUACACUGCAGCAGGAACAGAGCAGCCGAUCGAAGCGAGCUCGAGGCGAGAAGAUGAUUCCCAUGGGGAUCCUGGCUUUGGCCGCGGCCGUGUGCGCCUACUUCUGGUCGCCGGUGGCGAUGAUGCACGCCCCGGGAGCCGCCGGACGGUUGAUCUGCCGGGCGGCGUUCGAAGCCUUCCCGGAGCUCUAUUGCUGCCUGCUCCGCACGUUUGGCCCCGCCGAGGCCGCGUUCUUGUUCCGCCACCUCCCCCGGUGGCUCAUCCGGCUCUUGGCUUCCCAUUUCGGCAUGUGCGACGACUGUCUGCUGGUCGAUGUGAUCUGA